UUUUUCAGACUUGACGACCAAUUGGAUACUAUGACAACUCUGCAAGAGAUCUGGAGUGAAUACAAAAUGAACUUUCUGGUGGCAUCGUUUUUGUCGUUGAUUAUGCUGUUGCUCUCUGCUGCGCUGAUCUUCACCAUUGAGGGUGGCCCUGGCCCUACCGCAGAAGACCCCGACGGAGAAGGCAGUGGCAUGUUCCCCUCAGCAGGCAUUGCUAUGUGGUGGGCAAUCAUCACAUCCUCCACCAUAGGGUAUGGUGAUGUGUAUCCUACUACUGCGGGGGGUCGGCUGAUUGGUGUCGCUUUGGCGUGGGUGGGUGUAGCGUUCUUCGCCAUUCCUGCGGGUAUUUUAUCGUCGGCCUUUGCGUUGAAAGUGGAGAUGGCGGGAGAGAUCAAGGCCAGACAGGUGCGUAAGGAAGGAUUUGCCGUAGACACCAUCUCCACAUGGUGGCACUUAAGGUCAUUGCAGGCAAGGUCGCCACAUACGAUGGAUGUGUUGAAUAGUAAGGUCGUUACAAUGCAGAAGCGCUUCUUCAACGACGUGAAGGCUGCGAUGGCCAGUGCAGACAGCUUUGACGUUGCAAGAACAACACACACACAGGAGUACGGGAAGUUGAUGGCUAAUCCGUACUACAGCGAUGAGAAUGGCGAACCGUUUCAGCCGAGGGAUCUCAAUGGAGUUCCGUUAGAACCAGGCCCAGAUGACCAGAUAAGGAGAUGCUUCAUAUUUUUGUACAUGUUAGGGUGUAAGCUGAGUCUGAGGUCGGUGAUGGUAAUCUUGGACGAUGCGAUUUCCGAGAGGGAAGUUGGGGUGGCUGAUGUACUCAAUAGGACCGCUGAUAUGGAUGUGAGGCUAUCCAAGACACUCAAGGAAGUCAAUGCGUCACAAGCCAAACUCACGCGAAAUCUGAAAAAUAAAAUGGCUAAAUAUGAUUUAGCGAUGGAGAAGAUGGCCAAACAAGACGUGAAGAUUGACAGCAUUCUGCAACUACUGGAGGAGCAACGAGCCACAGGGGCGACCACGGUGUAAACAACCCUAAAACCCUAAACCCUUAAACCCCCGGGGAUUAGUCGUACGUAUGCAAUGACUUGCCAAAUAUAGUUGGAGGGUGGUAUGGUAUGCAUACAACCUCUGAGAUAGCAUAUGUAAAUAAGACAAAUAAACACGCACUGCUGAGCCAAUUUGGGUACAGCAAUUGAACGG